AUGUCGAAAAGUGAAUUAGACGGCGCCGUCGUGUCUGUGUUUUCAGGUGGACUGAAUCCCCACCGAAAAUUCACUAUCUCGUGGAAGAAUGGCAAAAUUGAGUCGUACAAUCAGUCUUACGAGAUAUACAUGCCACAUGAUAUCCGUCCCCCGACUGGCGUCUUAGCGGGCCGUAUUCCGCCCAAUUUGGUACCCAAUUCGAAUCUGAGUUACCGGAGGGCCAAGAAUUGGAUAGACGACUGCAACUCAAACCACACCAAGUGUUCAUCUCGGCCUAGAGACUUCAUGCCUUCGAGACUGCUUCACAUCUCCGGAACCGACAAAGAGCCAGCGAUAAGGCUGUCAAAUGACCAUCCAACUGUCCCUUACGCGGCCCUCUCUUACUGCUGGGGCGCAGACCAGCCCGCAAAGACAACCCGGGCGAAACUGGGAUCUUACCUGAACAAUGUCGACUUUUCCACCCUGCCUUCCACGAUACAGGACGCCGCCAUCGUCACCCGCGGGAUCGGCCUGUCCUAUCUCUGGGUCGACGCGAUCUGCAUUGUCCAAGACGACUUCGACGACGUGAUGGCACAGCUUGCGCAGAUGCACGCCAUCUACCAUUGCUCAUGGGUGACGAUAGCGGCGGCGGAGGCGCUGACGUGUAAUCACGGUUUCCUGCAGCCGCGGGGCCAGUGGCAGCCCAUCAGGAUGAGAGCGCGGCUCGAUGAGAAAGAUGCCUCCGAUGUGCUCCUGGUUCCUGAGGGCAAGUCCUGGAGGUCGGAGGCCCCGCUCUUCCGAAGGGGCUGGACAAUGCAGGAGACAUUGCUAUCCAGCAGAAUCCUGCUAUACGGCCAGAGGGAGCUGAUCUUCCUCUGUCUGGAGGGCGAGCGAUGCGAAGGAGACGUCCCUUCCGAUAUCCGGUAUUUUCAGACGUUCUUCGAUCCCGGGAGCAACCUAUACGUCCAGUUGGAUCAUCCCGACAGCUGGGGCUACUUGGUCAGCGCUUACUCGCAGCGCCUCCUUGCGGUUGAGGAUGACAAGCUGCUGGGAAUAGCGGCACUGGCUGAGAACUACGGGAGGACCAGGGCAGUGGGCGACUACCUCGCCGGCAUGUGGAGGGAGAAUUUCCUGGAGCAGUGUCUCUGGACCACCGAGCCGUAUCCGGCCGACGGCCGGGUGGCGAAGCGCCCUAAGAAAUAUAGAGCGCCAUCGUGGUCUUGGGCAAGUUUUGACGCACACAUCUCGUCUUUUGGAGUCUCCGCCAACACGCCAGCCAUGAUGAUGCCGGAGACGAUGGGCCCCAAUGUUACAUGCCAGGUAGUUGAUGUCCAAACGACCCUGGCCGCGGCGGGGAAUCCCUAUGGGAUGGUCACCGGCGGAUACUUGGUGAUGAAGGGCAGGCUGAGACAGGUGGUAUGGCAGACUAAGGUGGGGAAUUGGAGGCCCGCUGGUCACUUGGUGAAGGGUGUGAAGAUUUUAAAGGGUGAUGGCAUAGAUCCCAGGAUGACAUUCGAGGUCGACUGCCCGCAGGAGUGGGAGGGGAAGGGGGAUGUGCUGCUCUGGAGCCUCGAGAUCUGCAGCGCGGACAACGGGCGCGGCUAUGCGCUCUUGCUCCAGGAGGCAGGGCAUCAAAAGGCUUCGUUUCAAAGGGUUGGACGGCUGGACAUAAGGGAGGAUUUCGACGGGCUAGGGAGCUGGUUCGAGAGCGAGUACGAGUCUCCGGAAAUCAGGAUUAUCUGA